AUGCCGGGGCCCCAGACAGAGACUUCGGGGGCCGGGGGGCAGGGAUGGGAGAAUGUGCCCCCCCACGUCCUUUUCCUUCCCAUCUUCUUUCUUCUUUUCCUCUCCGGGUGCUCGGGGGGCUGGGCAGACGGGGAGCCGGGCCUGUGCGUCUCCAGCAGGCAGGUGCAGGCCAGUGACCGGCAGAGCCAGAUGCUGCGUUUGCUGGCUGGGCUGCUCACCGCUCUCCCGGGCACGUCUCUCCCGCCUGCUAGGAAAGGGUGUCGGACCCCACAGCAGCUACAGAUUGACACCUGCAGCCCCUCUGUGCCCCCCUCUUCGCCAGUCCCCGAAAGGCUGGAUCUCACCAUUCCCGCGACCAGCUCCAAGCCGGUCCCACCCGCGGUCCCUCCGCAGCCCCCCUCCGAGCCGGUCCCACCCGCGGUCCCUCCGCAGCCCCCCUCCGAGCCGGUCCCACCCGCGGUCCCUCCGAGCCGGUCCCACCCGCGGUCCCUCCGAGCCGGUCCCACCCGCGGUCCCUCCGCAGCCCCCCUCCGAGCCGGUGCCACCCGCGGUCCCUCCGCAGCCCCCCUCCGAGCCGGUCCCACCCGCGGUCCCUCCGAGCCGGUCCCAUCCGCGGUCCCUCCGCAGCCCCCCUCCGAGCCGGUCCCACCCGCGGUCCCUCCGAGCCGGUCCCACCCGCGGUCCCUCCGCAGCCCCCCUCCGAGCCGGUCCCACCCGCGGUCCCGCCGCAGCCCCCCUCCGAGCCGGUCCCACCCGCGGUCCCUCCGCAGCCCCCCUCCGAGCCGGUCCCACCCGCGGUCCCGCCGCACCCCCCCUCCGAGCCGGUCCCACCCGCGGUCCCGCCGCAGCCCCCCUCCGAGCCGGUGCCACCCGCGGUCCCGCCGCAGCCCCCCUCCGAGCCGGUCGCACCCGCGGUCCCUCCGCAGCCCCCCUCCGAGCCGGUGCCACCCGCGGUCCCUCCGCAGCCCCCCUCCGAGCCGGUCGCACCCGCGGUCCCUCCGCAGCCCCCCUCCGAGCCGGUCCCACCCGCGGUCCCUCCGCAGCCGGUCGCACCCGCGGUCCCUCCACAGCCCCCCUCCGAGCCGGUCCCACCCGCGGUCCCGCCGCACCCCCCCUCCGAGCCGGUCCCACCCGCGGUCCCGCCGCAGCCCCCCUCUGAGCCGGUCGCACCCGCGGUCCCGCCGCAGCCCCCCUCCGAGCCGGUCGCACCCGCGGUCCCGCCGCAGCCCCCCUCCGAGCCGGUCGCACCCGCGGUCCCUCCGCAGCCCCCCUCCGAGCCGGUCGCACCCGCGGUCCCUCCGCAGCCCCCCUCCGAGCCGGUCCCACCCGCGGUCCCUCCGCAGCCGGUCGCACCCGCAGUCCCGCCGCAGCCCCCCUCCGAGCCGGUCCCACCCGCGGUCCCUCCGCAGCCCCCCUCCGAGCCGGUGCCACCCGCGGUCCCUCCGCAGCCCCCCUCCGAGCCGGUCGCACCCGCGGUCCCUCCGCAGCCCCCCUCCGAGCCGGUCCCACCCGCGGUCCCUCCGCAGCCCCCCUCCGAGCCGGUGCCACCCGCGGUCCCUCCGCAGCCCCCCUCCGAGCCUGUCCCACCCGCGGUCCCUCCGCAGCCCCCCUCCGAGCCGGUGCCACCCGCAGUCCCUCCGCAGCCCCCCUCCGAGCCGGUCGCACCCGCGGUCCCUCCGCAGCCCCCCUCCGAGCCGGUCCCACCCGCGGUCCCUCCGCAGCCCCCCUCCGAGCCGGUCCCACCCGCGGUCCCUCCGCAGCCCCCCUCCGAGCCGGUCCCACCCGCGGUCCCUCCCCGACCUCUCUCCUCAUCCACGGGCGCCCAGCACUGAGCCGGCCAAGGACUCUGGAUCCCAAACCCAACCGUGUGCCGGGCCAGGGACGCGUUGCACAAUUCACACGACAGCCCCAGGGUCUGGGCUGCCCUCCGUGGAGGGCAGAAGGGAGACCCUGGAGUCGGCGGAGAGUGGGUCCAGCGACCAGAGCCAGGUGUGCCCGGAGUCCGUGCAACGCCGUGCCGUGAGCAAACCACCCGAGAAACAAGCGGCCCUGGCUGGCAUGACCCGGCUGCCCCAGAUCCAGGCAGCUGCUCCUGUAUCACCCCUCAGGGGUCAGGUGAACCGGCUGUCUGCAGGAUCCGGAGGAAAGGCCUAA